ACACAACAGGUCUGGGCUACAAAAGCAUGGCAGCUGCUCAGGCGGCGGUGGUAUCGUCGUCGUCUUUGGAAACAGACAGAGCCCUGGUCCCUGAAACUGCAGGAACAGGCGCAGCCACGGCCGCCACCCCACCAGCGACGGCUGCAGCUGCGGCCGUUGCAGCCGCUGCCAGAACCGGAUCCGAAGCCAGGGUCUCCAAGGCCGCUUUGGCUACUAAGCUGCUGUCCCUGAGCGGCGUGUUCGCCGUGCACAAGCCCAAAGGGCCCACUUCAGCCGAGCUGCUGAAUCGGCUGAAGGAGAAGCUGCUAGCAGAAGCUGGAAUGCCUUCUCCAGAAUGGACCAAAAGGAAAAAGCAAACUUUGAAAAUUGGACAUGGAGGCACACUAGACAGUGCAGCCCGAGGAGUUCUGGUGGUUGGAAUUGGAAGGGGAACAAAAAUGUUGACCAGUAUGUUGUCAGGGUCCAAGAGGUAUAUUGCCAUUGGAGAACUGGGGAAAGCUACUGACACACUAGAUUCUACUGGGAAAGUAACAGAAGAAAAACCUUAUGAUAAAAUAACACAAGAAGAUAUUGAAGGCAUUCUACAGAAAUUUACUGGGAAUAUAAUGCAAGUACCUCCCCUCUAUUCUGCAUUAAAGAAAGAUGGACAGAGACUUUCAACCUUAAUGAAGAGAGGCGAAGUAGUAGAAGCAAAACCCGCCAGGCCUGUUACCGUAUACAGUCUCUCCCUUCAAAAAUUCCAGCCACCAUUUUUCACAUUAGAUGUUGAAUGUGGAGGAGGUUUUUAUAUCAGAAGCUUGGUCAGUGACAUUGGCAAAGAACUCUCUUCCUGUGCCAAUGUCCUAGAGCUGACCCGAACCAAACAGGGACCAUUUACACUAGAAGAGCAUGCCCUUCCCGAAGACAAAUGGACGAUUGAUGACAUUGCACAGUCUCUGGAACAUUGCUCAUCACUUCUCCCAGCAGAGCUGGCACUUAAGAAAUCAAAACCUGAGGAGUCUAAUGAACAAGUUUUGAGCUGUGAAUAUAUAACUCUGAGUGAGACAAAGGGAGAAGAUGAUGUAAUUAAGACAUCUUAAGAUUGGUUUGGGAUUGUCAUCAUUUCUUGGUUGACAUUUGAAUCCUGUGUGCAGAAUGACAAGCUACGUGCAAAAGACAACUAUGUCUCCCCCUCUCCCCCGCAUGAUUUUUUUGUGUGUGAAGAAAAACGUCCAUCAUUUACAGUUUCUGUCGUGUGCACUUUAUCUGCUCAUUAUAAAUAAGCUUGUGGUUCGUUCGGUUCUUUGCUUUACUACGAAGUGUUCUUUUAGGAUGUUAUUAUGUUGUUAGAUUGGAUUCAGGAAAAUCAAAUCUUCUGAUUUUGAUCUUUCUUCAAAGUCUUUUCCUGGAAAAAGUUGAGCACAUACUCUAAUCAAAGAAAAAGGAAACUCAAGCUACGUGUUUCUUUGGUGUCGCUAAAGUGAAUGUAAAUUAGUGUUACUUUGACUUUAUUUUGGUUUUCUAGUGGUUCUGUUGUAUUGAAUUCCUUAUGUUUGAAAAGGCCAUUAUUUAACUCAUGUUUUGAAGUUUACAGUUAUUGAGAACAUUUAUUUGAUAAGGCUGUACUACCCUGGUAAUAGGUAUGUUUAUUUAGAUCUCAGAAACUAAUAAACUUUUAUAAUAAA